AUGGUUCUUGGAGACUCUCGUGUAGGGAAGAUUCAUUUUGACCCCACCGCGAUUAAUUUUAGAUGUUCAGUAGAGGAAUUCUAUGGAAUGAAAUACAAAGCAGGUGACGGGAACGAGUAUCUGCUAGCAAUGUACGACACAGGGGGCGAAUACGAGCUCGAUCACUUCCGCUCUCUAUAUUAUCCGAGGACGGACGUCUUUUUGCUGUGUUUUUCUGUUCUGGAUCCUGCCAGUUUUGACAAUAUACGGACGCUGGUUGUCAUCGAACAGUGGGCCCCUGAGGUCGCCGAUUAUCUUCCUUCUGCUGCAACGCUGGUGGUGGGCACGAAGGUUGAUUUGCGGCAUGACGCGACGGUGAUUGACGCGCUGCGAGAUAGGCGUUCAGCGCCAAUUCAAUAUGAGCAGGGAGUUUCGAUGUGUAAGGAUGUAGGAGCAGCGGGCUAUGUUGAGUGUUCUUCCCUCACUGGGUAUGGAAUCAACGUUGUCUUCGACGAGGUGGUGAGAAUCGGGAGAGAACUCCCUGUCAAACAACCGCGUCGACCACCCCGAGCAUGCAUCAUUGCAUAA